UGGUUUCGCCCAACCUGGCCUGAACAGCAGCGCUUCAGCCUUUAUCUUGGUGCCACUGAUGAUGAUAAGGAUGCUUCUCUCCAUCUCUAAAUGAUUUCACAGGAAACCGACCACAGCUGUACGGCUGCGCGAUGAAUACACUGGCUUUUAACAGGCAUAAGUCUGGAAUAUCUGUGAUUAUGGAUAUCUUGUACUUUCUAUGGAUGCUGCCGUCGGUGUGGGCUGUCGAAGAGGUACUAAUGGAUUCAACAACAGCAACAGCAGAACUGGGCUGGACCACCUACCCAUCUCAAGGGUGGGAAGAAGUUAGUGGAUACGAUGAAAAUAUGAACACCAUCCGAACAUACCAGGUGUGCAAUAUCUUUAAUAGCAGCCAAAACAACUGGGUCCGGACCAAAUACAUCCGUCGCCGUGGUGCUCAGCGUAUCCAUGUCCAGAUGAAAUUUUCAGUACGGGACUGUAGUUCCAUACCCAAUGUCCCUGGCUCCUGCAAGGAGACCUUCAACCUCUAUUUUUUUGAGACUGACUUGGAUAAGGCCACUAAAUUAUACCCACCCUGGAUGGAAAACCCAUGGGUGAAAGUGGACACUAUUGCAGCUGACGAGAGCUUCUCUCAGGUCGAUCUCGGUGGCCGCAUCAUGAAGAUCAACAGUGAAGUUCGAAGCUUUGGACCUGUUUCCCACAAUGGCUUCUAUCUUGCUUUCCAGGAUUACGGUGCCUGCAUGUCACUCAUUGCUGUCCGAGUCUUCUACAGGAAAUGUCCCCAUAUAAUCCAGAAUGGAGCGGUUUUCCCUGAGACACUGUCAGGAGCAGAGAGCACCUCUCUUGUGGCAGCCAGAGGAGUGUGUGUUCCUAAUGGGGAGGAGGUGGAUGUACCCAUCAAGCUGUACUGUAAUGGGGAUGGGGAGUGGAUGGUACCUAUUGGUCGCUGUAUGUGUAAAGCUGGAUACGAGGCUGUGGCGAAUGGUACAGUCUGCAAAGCUGUUCCAUCUGCACCACAAAAUGUCAUCUCCAUAGUAAAUGAGACUUCUCUGAUACUGGAGUGGAGUCCACCAAAGGAGAGUGGUGGCCGAGAAGAUGUAGUUUACAACAUCAUAUGUAAGAGUUGUGGCAGCGGUCGCAGCGGCUGCACCCGCUGUGGUGACAACGUGCAGUUUAUCCCACGUCAGCUGGGACUCACCAACACCCGAGUACAUAUCAGCGACCUCAUGGCUCACACGCAGUACACAUUUGAAAUACAAGCUGUCAAUGGAGUGUCUGAUCAGAGUCCUUAUUCACCACAGUACACGUCUGUCAACAUCACCACCAACCAGGCUGCACCAUCAAUAGUGUCCAUCAUCCACCAGGUUAGCAGAACUCCUAACAGCAUCACUCUGUCCUGGUCCCAGCCAGAUCAGCCCAAUGGUGUUAUUCUGGACUAUGAACUGCAGUAUUAUGAGAAGAACCAAGCAGAAUGGAACUCAUCUCUAACGAGGAGUCAGACCAACACUGCUGUCAUACGAGGUUUAAGGCCUGGAACCAUAUACGUGUUUCAGGUCCGGGCUCGGACUGUCGCUGGAUUUGGACGCUUCAGUGGUAAAAUGUACUUCCAAACCAUGACUGAAGAAGAAUAUAACUCCAUUAUUCAAGAGAAGCUCCCCCUCAUUAUUGGUUCAUCUGCUGCAGGGGUUGUCUUUAUUAUUGCCAUCACUGUCGUCAUAAUUGUUUGUCGCAGCAAAAGAAAUUCUGACAGACCAGAAUCUGAAUAUACAGACAAACUCCAACAUUACACCAGUGGUCACAUGUCACCGGGAAUGAAGAUCUACAUUGACCCCUUCACAUAUGAAGAUCCCAAUGAAGCGGUUAGAGAGUUUGCUAAGGAAAUUGACAUUUCCUGUGUAAAGAUUGAACAAGUGAUUGGAGCAGGAGAGUUUGGAGAAGUGUGCAGUGGAAACCUCCGACAGCCUGGGAAAAGGGAGAUAUUGGUGGCCAUCAAGACUUUAAAGGCAGGGUACACUGAACGCCAGAGGAGGGACUUUUUGAGUGAAGCAUCUAUCAUGGGUCAGUUUGAUCAUCCCAACAUCAUCCAUCUGGAGGGAGUGGUUACCAAGAGCAGCCCUGUAAUGAUCAUCACUGAAUUCAUGGAGAAUGGAUCCCUUGACUCAUUUCUCAGGCAAAAUGAUGGCCAGUUCACAGUGAUACAGCUGGUGGGAAUGUUGCGCGGCAUUGCAGCAGGAAUGAAAUACUUGUGUGACAUGAACUAUGUCCAUCGAGACCUGGCAGCGAGGAACAUCUUGGUCAACAGCAACCUAGUGUGCAAAGUGUCUGACUUUGGCCUGUCACGUUUCCUUGAAGAGGAUACUUCAGACCCCACUUACACCAGUGCUCUGGGGGGAAAGAUUCCCAUCAGGUGGACAGCACCAGAGGCCAUUCAGUACAGGAAGUUCACCUCCUCAAGUGACUGCUGGAGCUAUGGCAUAGUCAUGUGGGAGGUGAUGUCAUAUGGAGAGAGGCCCUACUGGGACAUGAGUAAUCAAGAUGUAAUCAAUGCCAUAGAGCAGGACUACAGGUUGCCACCCCCUAUGGAUUGUCCUAGUGCACUACAUCAGCUAAUGCUUGACUGCUGGCAGAAAGAUCGCAACAACCGACCCAAAUUCAGCCAGAUUGUCAGCACACUGGAUAAGAUGAUCCGCAAUCCCAACAGCCUGAAGGCCAUGACACCAUUGUCAUCAAGUGUUCAUUUAGCUCUGCUUGAUCGCAGCACUCCAGAUUUCUCCUCUUUCAGCACCAUCGAUGAGUGGCUGGAUGCCAUAAAAAUGGGCCAGUACAAGGAGAAUUUCACCAGUGAAGGCUUCACCAGCUUUGAUGUGGUGUCUCAAAUGACCAUGGAGGAUAUCCUCCGAGUGGGAGUGACAUUGGCUGGUCACCAGAAGAAGAUCCUGAACAGCAUCCAGUCAAUGAGGGCCCAGAUGAACCAGAUCACCUCUGUGGAAGUGUGAUCUUAUAGACCAGAAGCACAAAGACUGUUCACUACAGGAAGUCCAGCUGCCAGUAACCAUGCAUUGAGGAACACAUACACUGUGACUUCAGUUGAACCUCAGAUUCACUUUUCCUCCUUCCAAACACUCUCCAAAGGCUUCCAUCAGUAUGCAGCACAGCACAGAUGUUGAGUAGUUUUCUUGAAGCUGCUGUAUAUUCAGGUAACAGUCUUUUUGGGGGGCUGUUGGACAUAAUCACAGGCAUCUAACUGUCAAAUUACUACAGUACAGUCACGUGUCUUGUUAAUGUUCCAUCACUCUUCCACUCUCUCCACUACCAGCAACUUAAGUUAUUCUUAAGAAUUAAUGUCCUAAAAUUGGCCUUGCAUUUUGAAUUUUAUGCAAGGAACCUGCUGUCACAGUGAACGAUGAUAUUAAAAACAGCAUAGCAGGACUCAAUGAACUGGCUGGUGCAAAUUACAACUUAUACGUUAAGUUGAGCAUAUUUAUUUAUAGCUGCCACCUUCACCUUACUGCUACCUCUGUACCACAGUAAUUGUGGCAUUUUUCGUAACUAUGUAAAGUUUCUUAACUAUGUAAAGCUGCAAAUCAGAACUUUUUGUCAGAUCAAACCCAGUUUUUGGUACAGGCAAUUGAACAUUUACAUAGAUUGUAUGGUGUGAAUUUGAAUAAGGAAGCAUUGGCUAACUAUGACCCUUAUAUUAUUCAGCUACAAUGUAGAUGAACACACUUCUACUACCAGCAACAACAGGUGCCAAAUACAUAUCUCUCUCUCUCUCUCUCUCUCUCUCUCUCUCUCUCUCUCU